AACGAAAUAUUUGGACGCAAAUUCCGUAUCGGAGUCACAAUCGGUCUAUGUACGCCACCGCACGGCGGCGUUCUCUCACGGUGACCUGUAGAUGUCCAGUACCGUCACGAAAGUAUUAAUCGAUAGUCAAACCCAAUUUCACCUUCUUUUAUGCCAAAAAUCUUUGACUCUUCUCCAUUCUACGUUUUAUCCUUUUCCAUAAAUUCUGCAUUCAUCGCCGGUUGACAUUGCUCGCCGUCGCCGGUGCUCACAAAGAACAACAAAAAAUUCAAUAGGAUAACGGAGCUCCUAGUUAAGCAUCUUCAAGUUUCCAGAUUAUGGACGGAAAAAAUUGGUUAAAGGUGGUUAUUUUUCUAUGCUUAAUUGCGGUUUCAACUGGUAGAGAAUUCAAAGUGAAGGCCAAGAACAAGCAUCAUGCAGCUAUCUACAACCACACCCUUGCCACCAUAUUGGUGGAAUAUGCUUCAGCAGUCUAUGUGUCCGAUUUGACAGAAUUAUUUGCCUGGACUUGCUCAAGAUGUAAUGGUUUAACCAAGGGAUUUCAAAUUCUAGAGCUCAUUGUUGAUGUGCAACGAUGCCUUCAGGCAUAUGUAGGUGUGGCGCAGGAUCUUAAUGCCAUUGUUAUUGCAUUCAGAGGCACUCAGGAAAGCAGCCUACAGAAUUGGAUUGAAGAUCUAUACUGGAAGCAGCUUGAUAUAUCUUAUCCAGGAAUGGAAGAUGCAAUGGUGCAUCAUGGAUUUUAUUCUGCUUAUCAUAACACGUCAUUGCGUCCAGGAGUGCUAACUGCUGUUAAAAGUGCGAAAGAGUUCUAUGGAGAUAUUCCAAUUAUGGUGACUGGACACUCAAUGGGAGGGGCUAUGGCUGCUUUCUGUGGCCUGGAUCUCACCGUGCAUCUUGGAUGCCAGAAUGUUUCGGUUAUGACAUUUGGACAACCACGAAUUGGUAAUGCUGCAUUUGUGUCCUACUACAGAGAACGGGUCCCCAAUACAAUUCGUGUUACAAAUCGUCAUGAUAUUGUGCCUCAUUUGCCCCCUUACUAUCAGUACUUCCCUCACAAAACUUAUCGCCAUUUCCCUAGAGAGGUCUGGCUUUAUGAUCUUGGCUUUGGAAGUUUAGUUUAUACAGUUGAAAAGGUCUGCGAUAAUUCUGGGGAGGAUCCUUCUUGCAGCAGGUCGGUGAAAGGCAACAGUGUUAAGGAUCAUGUGAGAUAUUUUGGUGUAAAAUUAUCAUGUGAUGUAUCAGCGGGGUGCAGAAUUGUGAUGGGUAAUGGUCUAGCAUCGUAUCACACAACAGACAACGAUGGAAAUAUCAUCUUCUCCAGAAAUAUAUCUUCUGUUUUGAGAAUGAAUGUGGAGUCUAGUGAGGAAGGGAAAUCAUUAUAGAGAUUAUUUGGAUUACCAUUUGACUCUCCAAAAUUUGGGAGAGCUGAAGCAGAGUUUCCCACUCAAGGUAAAUGUAUAUAGCUAGUCAAAAGUAUGCCAGUUGUGUCCUGUUGCUUGUGUAUAUAGUUCCUUCUAAUUUAACUUGUUUUUGCUAUCGUUUUUUACAUCUUAUCCAUGUAAAUAAAAAGAGAUUAAAGUAUUGACUUUAUCAUAUAUGAUUAAUAUUCUGUAAAUUCGUAAA